AUGGCUGGCGGCAAGAAGAAAACACGAUCUCUUGAGCAUCACAACGUGCUGCUGCGAGCUUCAAGCACGAUAGCCGACCGAAUCCAACGCACACCUCCUCACUCGCUCUCUUUAUCACAAAGUAACUCGAUGGCCGAGGGAGGAGACAACGGACGUCAUCCGCCCCGCGAUCGCGACGAACACUACGACAGCGGAGCACAACGGAAAGAUCACAUCAAAGCUGGGCAACGGAUGGAUCGCAGGAUCGAGUCCGGGUUUUUAUUCCAGACUGCCUAUGGUCGUGCUUUCUGGAAAAGAUUUUCAGUCGCUGAUGCUGGUAUCUGUUCAAGAAGUAACGCUACUGUCUGUCUGCACCCUUCUCCCUGCUGUACGGGCGUCACUGAAUGUUUAAUCCUUGGCCUCUGCAAAGUACCAACUCGGAAUACCCUCCAUCCUUCUCUGUGGAUCAGCCUUAUCUUUUAUCCCGCCGAAAACCGAAAAAAGAGAUACCGACUCUCGCAGAUCUGGAGACGAGUCAUAAUUUCUCAGGCUCUGCCGCUUGUUUCUCGCGUGUGUAAUAGCUCCUGUCGUUCUCAAUCGAUUGAUCGCUUCUUUCAGUCUCUAGAUUCUUGGUUUUGCUAUUCGUUUUGUCUCUUUAUUCGAAUUUUAAAUAUAUCGGGA